CUUCCGCUUGAAGGGCUGCAUUUCAAAACUGGGGAAGUAGCUUUCAUUGAAAUCAAUCUCUAACCAUGGCAGAAGAAAAUGAUGCUCAUGAUUUAUCCGAUUUGGAUGCUGAGGCCUUUGAGGAGCCCAUAUCGUUGGAGUAUAUGCGUGAAAACUUUAUGGGGGUGGAGGAAGUGAGGGGCAUCGUCAUGGGACUUCAGAAAAAUAUUGAUGAGAGACUGAAUGACUUUGAGCAGAAGAUGGAGAAGAAAAUGGAGGAGCUCCAACAUACCAUCAUCGGUAAAUGUAAGGAGGACUAUAAUAAAAAGUUGUCAAGCAUAAAGGAAACUUUGAUAGAAACUUCCAAACAAGAAAAAGAAGACUUAAAAGAUGAAGUAAGGAAAAGUUUGGAGGAUGGGUUGUUUGUUCUGAAGAAGAUCGACGUUAUUCGAACCGCACAGGAGGAUGUUGACAAAGAUGUAAGCAUUAUCUCCGAAAAUCAACCAGAGAUGGCCCCACGGCCCCAAGAGAAGAAGCAGUCCACGCCAAAAAUGGCCAAAGUGAACUGGAAGGACUUCCCGAUGCAAGAUGACUUCCUUCGGAGGGAACAUGAGAACAUGGGCUGGAAGAAAAACAAUACCGUCAAAAAAUCUAUUUUUGAUAUGGGUCUCAAAAGAAAAUUGUGGAACGACGAUGAGGUUUGGAGAAAACGAGUAUGUUAUAAGAUCGAUGCCCAAUACAAAGCGAACUUCUUGAUGAGCGACACCAGAUCCUCUCCUUCCUAAGGAUAGUGUUGAUGCUGGGAAUUGGGAUUAGGUUCUCAAGGACACGGUCCUUUGUCCAUCAGAGAUUUUGUUCUGCUUUUCUUUUCUGACAAAACAAACAGUUGUCAGUUUUUUUAAAUUUACUUUAAUAGAAUACAAAUAACAGUUUUGAGAUUUAAAGAGAAAAAAACUCUUCUUAUUGAGCAAAAUAUUUCAGAAUUGUAAAUUUUAAUUUUUCUUCAAUGUGAUUUGAACCUCUAUUGUGCAGCAAUUUUUUUAAAGUCAUUUUUUAUAUGCCUUUCAAUGUCUUAAUUUUGACAU